GGGACGUGAGGGCGCUGUUGCAAGCAGUGGUAGGGCAGAAACUCUUCGUAUCAACAAGUCGCUAGGGUAACGCGAAAUUAUAUAUAUUUUUAUGUUUUAUUUCCGUUUGUAAAACAUAUCAAAGUGCGUGGAAGAUUAGCGCGAUUUCCCAAUGAGGAGGAGUGAAUAUUUAUAAUCACACAUAAAGAUAUAUGUGCCAUGAAAAGUGAAAAGUGCAUAAAAAUGGUGGCGCGUCUGACCAAGUCAAUUUGCUGACGACAAAGUACCUCAAAAGUGUUAUGUGUUGAGUGCCCGGAAAUUGGGCGUGUGUUCUUGGGCUUUGUGAUUUCAAAAGAAAAAUGGAUAGGAUGAAUUGGUGUGAUUUCUUGACCAUUUUGGCUCUUUUAGUGGCUCUUACAAGUAGUGCGUGUGCUGCACUAGCAAAUGACAAUUAUUAUGGUGAUGAUUUUAAUUCGCUAUAUACCCCAACGGAUCGAACAGUGGUUACGGUUGCAGACAAUAGAAAACCUGCAUUCCGCGAUUGUAAGGGGUAUGCCCCCUCGGUGAAGGAGGAACAAGCCCCGGGAACAUUUGUGCUGAAAGUUGAAGCAGACGAUCCAGACGAGAAAGACAUAAUUGAAUAUAGUUUCGUAACAGCAGCAUCGGAACGCCCGAAAUUUCGUAUAGACAGCAAAACGGGUGUGAUUGUAACGUCGUACACAUUUGACCGGGAUGAACCAAUACGUGAGAAAGAGGUAUAUGUGACGGUGAGAGCGACAGACAAUGGACGACCCCCGCUUGAUGAUGUAUGCACAUUUAAAGUGACUAUUGAAGAUAUCAAUGAUAAUCCACCUGUGUUUGAUAAAGCCAAAUAUGAAGAAAGUAUGAGUGAGGAUAUUCAAGUUAAUCGCGUAGUGAUGAGAAUAUCUGCAUCCGAUUUUGAUGAUGGCGACAAUAGCAUAGUCAAGUAUGAGUUAUUGCCUGAGAGAGAUUAUCAAUAUUUCAGGAUUGAUGAAAAUAAUGGACUUAUAUACUUGGCAAGACCAAUUGAUAGAAAACCUGGCCAAUAUUAUAGCAUGAAUGUGAGAGCAUACAACAUUAUAAAUGAUCAACCACAGGAUGCUCAAAUUGAGGUGAAAAUUCGGGUGAUUGAAUCAAAUAAGAAGCCUCCAACGUUCAUCAAUCCUCCUACAGAACCCAUUUAUUUGAAUGAGAACUUCAGCGACUAUAGUAAGAGUCUCGUAGUGCUCAAAGCGCAAUCAAAUGUUCCCGAUAAGCCAGAGGUGAUUUUUGAACUUAUCACCGGACGUACUGAACAAACAAAUAGCAAAAAAACGUUCGUCUUCACACAAGGUGAGGAUGAUGUUUCCAUAACGUUGGGUAAGGCUUUAGAUUACGAAGCAAUCACCGACUAUACGCUUACAAUGAGCGUGAAGAAUACCUAUGAUCUCGUAGCUGAGCAUUUAAUUAAGAUCAAAGUUAAGGAUGUAAAUGAUAACAUUCCUUAUUUCACGGAAGUUACAACCGGAACAAUAUCGGAAAAUGAACCACCAGGUACACCAGUAAUGCAAGUGAGAGCUUUCGAUAUGGAUGGCACAUCAGCCAAUAAUAUUGUAUCAUUUGAGCUAGCAGACAAUACGGAUAUUUUUGCAAUUGACUCCAGUACGGGUAAUAUUACUGCCCUCACCACAUUUGAUAGGGAAGAAAGGGACUUUUACAAUGUCAAGGUGAUCGCAACGGAUAAUUCUCCAUCAAGUCUGUACAACACGGGGCAACACAAUAUGGGCCAACAGGUGUUUCGCAUUGAGAUCGCUGACAAAAAUGACCAUCGGCCACAUUUUACGCGUGAUGAGUAUAUUUCCGAUAAAGUUGCCGAAGAUGCAAAUAUUAAUUUCCUCGUAAUUGAAGUGACGGCUGAAGAUGCAGAUGCUGCCUCACAGAUUACAUACACAAUUGUAAGCGGAAAUAUUGGGGAUGCAUUUAAAAUUGACCCUUCAACUGGAAAGAUCACGGUCAAUAAUACGUUAGAUUAUGAAAAUAUUACAGAGUAUUCCCUACGAAUUAGAGCAUUUGAUGGAGUAUACGAGGAUAAUGCCAUUGUAACUAUAAAAAUUGAAAAUGUAAAUGAUAAUCCACCAAAGUUUUUGGAAGAUUCCUAUAAGACUACAAUUUCAGAGGAAAUAAUCGUCGACGGAUGCAUUUUGUAUAUAGAGGCUUUUGAUCCAGAUAUAAAGGAUCGCAAUUCACCGCAGUUCAUUAAAUAUUUCAUUGUCAAGAGUGAGCAGCAACAUUUGCUUGCGAUCGACAACGAUGGUUGCCUUCGAUUAAUUCAACCACUUGAUCGCGAUGAGCCAAAUGGUCACAAAAAUUGGCAGGUGAUUGUUGCUGCGGUGGAUGAAAAUGGGAGUGGUUUGCGCUCAGUGACGGAUGUUACAAUAACUUUAACAGACAUUAAUGACAAUGCACCAUUUCUCAAUGUGAAAAUGCCUGUAAUUUGGCAGGAAAAUCGACAACCGGGAAAUAUUGUCACAUUGAAAGCUAAAGACUACGAUGAGCCACACAAUGGGCCACCAUUCCACUAUGAAAUCGACCAAAAUGCCCCAGAAGAUAUUAAAAGAAAAUUCGGCAUUACAGGUGAUAUACUAAUUGCAAUGGACAUUUUUGAUCGCGAGGAGCAGAAGGAAUAUAUGAUUCCCAUUCUCAUCAGUGAUUCUGGAGAACCUACAAUGCGCAACGUAAGCAUCCUCCAUGUUGUGAUUGGAGAUGAAAAUGAUAAUCCCAUGAAAGAGGGUAGCAGCAAUAUUUUCGUUUACAAUUAUAAAGGUGAAUCGCCAGAUACUGAAAUUGGGAGAGUUUACGUGAAUGAUCCUGAUGAUUGGGAUCUUCCUGAUAAAUUUUUCACGUGGAAAGAUGGCAUCCGUGAUGAUAGUUUCUCUUUAAAUGCUGACACAGGAAUGAUAACGAUGCUGGAAGGAACUCGAGAGGGUGAUUAUCGACUAUUCUUCACGGUUACAGAAGAAUCUCGGGAUAUUCCUCGCCAUUCAGUUACUGCGGAAGUUGCAGUGACCGUUCGUGAAAUUCCCGAAGAAGCUGUAGAUAAGAGUGGAUCAAUUAGAUUUUAUGGUGUAACAGCUGAGGAAUUCAUCGUACAACCCACGGAUGGUAGUGCUGGAGGAAAGAGUCACAAAGAAAGAUUUAGGGAUGCUCUUGCAAGGACACUAAAUGUAUCAAUUGAAAAUGUGGAUGUUUUUACUGUCCUCAAACAUGACUAUAAUUCAUCUUACCUGGAUGUACGAUACUCAGCCCAUGGCAGUCCCUACUACGAACCUGAAAAACUCAAUGGACUUGUUGGGCAGAUGCAAGAAAAAAUGGAAGAAGAAUUAGGCUUAAAGAUGUUCAUGAUAAAUAUUGAUGAAUGUUUAAUUGAGAAAAACAAAUGUGAAACUUCAUGUACAAACAUUCUUCACAAAUCCAAUGUGCCUCUCCUUGUGUAUACAAAUCAAACAUCCUUCGUUGGAGUAAAUGCCUUCGUUCAGGCAGAAUGUGUUUGUCGUAUCCCAACUCCUGUGCACUGUCUCAAUGGAGGCACACCUUUUGAUUACAGUUGUGAAUGUCCAGAAGGAUAUGAAGGCCCCAACUGUGAAGUGAUUGCUAUUGGAUUCCAUGGGACUGGAUAUGCUAUGUAUCCACCCAUAAAUCCCUGUGACACCACCAACAUUUCUCUGGAAUUGUCUCCACAUAGAGAAGACGGACUUGUUAUGUAUGUUGGACCAUUGAACUACAAUCGACUCCUUCCGGUUCAAGAUUUUCUUGCAUUGGAGCUUGUGCGUGGCUAUCCAGUUCUUAUUGUUGACUACGGUUCAGGAAGUAUUAGGAUUGAGCACAAACAUAUUCAAUUGAAGCCAGGAAAGAGUUACACCAUUGAUAUUAAUAUGCAACAAACGAGUAUUGAAAUGACUGUGGAUAAUUGUCGUCUGUCGACGUGCAUGAGUCUUGGAGCACCACAAGGACCCAAUGAAUUCCUCAAUGUAAAUGCUCCACUCCAACUUGGUGGCAUCGCUGUGAAUCUUGAAUAUUUAGCUUCGCAAUUUCGGUGGCAGCAUGUACCACAGAGUUUGGGAUAUUCUGGAUGUGUUAGAAAUUUAACUAUUGACGGUCGAACGUACAACAUUGGAGCUCCAAGCAUAUCGAAGGAUGUGGACAUUGGAUGCCAGAGAUCAAUGGCAGUUGCUGUUGCAUUUGGGAUCGAUACAAACUUCCUCAUAGCCAUUCUUGUGUGCAUUGCUGUACUUCUCUUCCUCAUUUUGGCUGUUGUGGUGCACAAAAAACAUCAGGAUGGAUGGCAUGAGAAGGAUAUGGAUGACAUUCGAGAAACAAUCAUUAAUUACGAAGAUGAGGGUGGUGGUGAGAGGGACACAGACUACGACCUCAAUGUCUUUAGAGUACCACAGAUUUAUGAGGAUAAGCCAUACAAGGAAAGUUUACAGCAACGCGAAGCUCUCAAUGAGGUGCCAGAUAUUGGUGGAUUUUUAGUGGGUAAAAAGGAUUCCUGCGAUAAGGACAAUGAUGCUCAUCCCGUGGAUGACGUGAGGUACUAUGCCUAUGAAGGAGAUGGCAAUUCAACAGGAUCGCUCUCGAGUUUGGCUUCAUGUACUGAUGACGGUGAUCUCAAGUUUGAUUAUUUGAGUAACUUUGGCCCACGAUUCAGGAAAUUAGCUGAUAUGUAUGGCGAGGAGCCAUCCGAUAUAGACUCCAAUGGAGAUGCUGAAGAAGGAUGGCGAAUUUAGGUGACAAUGCUGUCUGCACUGCAGCAUAGUGCGAUGAACGUGUAAAAAUAGGAGAUUUCAAAUUAUGCAUUUUUCAACAAAGACCUUAUUUCUCAUCUUGAAUGAGUAAUGAAGAAAGUCUCAUUAUGAAUACAACAUUUCUACGGCGACAUAAUUAUGGUUCGGAUGGAACAAAAAAAAUGUAAGAAAAAUGUAAUGAGGGUAAAUAGUGAUUAAGACUGAUUUGUGAUUAAUACUAAGCAUGAUUGAGAGAAUGCAAAAAUGUGACCAAGUUGAAAAAAAGUCAAAAAAAGAUUUGGAACAUAACUUUUAUUCGUUUUUUAUAAAAUUACAACGUAAGUAAUAAAGUGUCUUAAUUAUUACAUGCAAUUUAUAUUCAAUAGUUUGAUAAGAUUUUUGUGAAUUUCAAGAAAACGAAAACCCGGGAAAUCAAAAGUUUUUCUUCCACGGAAAACCAUUUGCAUUGAUGCCUUAAUUUAAGUAGAUCACGUACCCCUAUGUAUUUCAUACCCCUCAUAGUUCUUCAUCUAAAACUAUGAACUAUCGUACUGCUGUAUUUUCCAACGCUCGAAUUAAGGAAUUUGUGUUCUUUUAGUUUUUAACAACUUGAGCAGAAUUCAAACUAUUAACUAAAUUACAUAAUUUUUCAAAUAUAUUUAUGUACUUUGCAAUGAAAAGUUGUCAAUACAGUUUACAUCCUUGCAGGCUGUUAUUGGUUAAUACAUCUCUAAACAAUAUGGUCCGAUUAAAAAAGUUGUUUAAGAGAGCCAAUAUGUAAAUUUAAUAGGCAUGUCAGGUAACUAAAUUCAUUCACAAUAAAGUACAACCCAUGCAACAAAUAACCUACUUUACAAUAUUGUUGUGUAUGAGAAAAACUAUAAGCAUUUACAGAAAAGAAUAAAUGCGCGUGCUUUUGCAAUGAACGCAAAUGGAACUCUUGUGCAUUUGAGAUACUACGGAAUUAAAAGAAAAAAGAUUUUUCACCUGGAAGAUUAUUAGUAAAAAUUUGCAAAAGAUUUCGAAAUAUAAAAAAUGUCGUCCAAACUCCUAAAUGUAAAUAUAUAUUUUUUUACACGUCAUAUUUUGCCAUUUAAUUCAUUUUAAGAAUCAAAGUGUAUAUAAAUCGGAUUUACUAAAUUACAUACAUACGUCCAUAUCAAUCAUAAAAGCAAGCAUAUUUCAAACUAUUUUCAAUCACUUCAUAAUAAUUCAAUAAUGCCGAUUCUUGUUAUUGUAUCAGUUUCAAAAUUAAAUUAAUCCUUUCGCGUUCUUUGAGACAUUUUGAAUGAGAAAAUAACGUGAUAAAAAGAACCAAUUUUUUCAGUUUUUCACGUCGACGUGAAAGGGUUAAAAAGUCCAUAAGUGCCUAAAACCCUAAAAUUUCUUCCCCAUGCAAAUAUUUUAAACUUAAACUGUUAACGGAAUAUAUUAUUAAUAAAAAUAUUUCAGUUAAAUAAAAUUAGAACAAACUGUAAAAGAAUGUAAAUUUUUGAAAUUUUCUUACAACAAAAAUUGAAAGAAAUGCUACACAAAGAGACACUUUUGUGUAAUGCAGGUAAACUUCAAUUUUUUUUAAAAAUAAUUGAAGAGUUUAUCAUAAACUUCUGCAGUACUUUCGAAUUAAAUAAAAGUUAGACGGUUGUAGAGUAGAAAAAUAUCUGAUUCAAGAAUAUCUUAAAAGUUAAAAGUUGCACCAAUUGCACCUUCUCGCAUUUUCCUCAAUAUUGAGUUUCUUUUCUCUACCUUUAAUAAGUAGUUUUUUUGCCUUAAAGAGUUUCUCAAUUUGGGUGAAAAGUGAGACAAAUUAAAUAGAAUAGUGAGAGACUUUUGAUUGAAUUCUUGAUUUAUUUUGAACACGCACUUUCAACAUUAACUACCAACUUGCGUUUCAAACAUUAAUUAAUUCUCAUUUUUUUAUGUAUGAUGUAAAAAGGAUGAUACAUCACACAACUGAUGGGCAUCAUUCAAAUAUGUUCGUUUGAGGAUUGAGAUAAAAACUAGAAAAUUGGUUGAGUUAAAAUUUUAUUCUUCAAAAUGGUAAAUACCAAAGACAACAAAUUAAUACAAUUUGCAAACAUCUAUUCUCACAGAAAAAUUAUUUCUCAAGAUAUUCCUUUAGUCAAACGAAGAAUUGAUAAUGUAAAGAAAUAGUGGAAAAGUGACGUAAAAAAUUUACCUAAUUUUAAUAAAAAAAAAUUAUGCAAAAUUUUAUUUUUUAGUAAAUGCUCUCUCUAAAUUUAAUCAUCCACAUGUACACAGUAUGUAGAUGCAAAAUUUAGUAGUGAUAUCAGAGAAUUUUAUCGGCAUAAAUAUACAAUUGGCUUGUCUAAUAUUCACACGGAUUAAAACCCAUUAGAAAAAAAAAAAGAUUUUAUAUAUUAAAAAAUCGGAAUCUUAAUGGGAGAACCCAAUACAUUCAUAUUCGUUAUAUUUUAUGAUAAGACGAUGAAAUUCGAUCACUUCAUUUAUUUCCAAUAUAUUAAUCAAAAAUUAAAUAUAGACAUUGCGAUGUUAUCUCAGUAUUAUUUAUUUAAAUACAUAUAUAACACUAUUGGCAUUUCAUAUAUAGUUUACAUCUGGAAAUAUUUCAUUCCACGAAGAGAUAAGCAUGAAUAAAAAAUUCAAAACGAUAUGUUAGAGUGGUGACGAUUUAGACUUGAACAUUUUUAUAAAGAAUUUAUCAUAAAAUCAAAAUAUUUUAAAUUCAUAAACAUUUUAAUUCUGCAUUUAAUUGAUGAAUUUUCAUUUUAACAUAUAACAUCGCAUAGGUAAUACUCACGUUGUGAAAUUCCAAUUUCCCUUGGUAAUUAACACUGGCUUUUCUGCAAUUUUCGAGGUGAUACCGUGUCAAAGGACAUGAGGGAUGGUCAAAAAAAAUUACAUUAAUAGAACAUCCCCACCUAUAUGUAACAUAUGACAUGGAAAAAAUGCCCUGCAAUUAAUAUUAAUUAAUUUUCUGAAAAUUUCAAACAUACUGCCUAUUACACAUUCACUAUUCUGAGAAUCUAAAACAUUUAACUUUUACUCUGAAUCAUCGAAAGAGCCAACCUUUAUGUUUGUAAAUUAAUGAAUUUAUACAUAAACUGCAAGAAAAAUGGAUUUAAACCCAAAUGUGCUGAAUUUCCCAUUAGAUAGGGAACAUAGGAAAAAUAAUAGGAAAAUUUUAGAAAUUUCACUACAUUAUUCUUUUAAAGAGUUCUGCAAAUUUUUAUGCAGACGCCCUUGUGUAGAUGAGUAACAUAGACAUAAUGAAUAAUAUACAAAAUCAAAAAAGAAAAAAAAAACUUUACGUCUUUAUCGACGUAAGUAUAAAAAUUAUUUAGUUAGACUAAAGAAUAGGAUUUAUGCAUAGAAAUCUUUUGUCCAGUAAGGUGAUAUUGUAACAUUUCAGUGUCUUACAUUUAAAAAAAAAAUAAGAUUGUGGAAAACUGCCUACAUUUUUUUUAUUAGAUAAAUAGUUGUAAGAAAUUAUUUUUAAAAAGAAAUUGAAAGAAAUGUCCUAUAUACAUUUAUAUAUCAUGGUAGUCAGGAUAACAUGGAUCAAUUUUAUGGGCUUUUUACACAUUAAACCGUCCGAGUUAUCCUGAUUACUCAUUAUAUCAAAGACAAAAUAAGAAAGAAAAGAAAAUGAAAAGUAAUGUAGAAGCGAAUGUGCCUGAAAUCAUAAUAUUUUAGGUUAAAAAAUAUAUUUAAAAAUAUUUUAGUUAGAAAGUAAAUAUUUAGGUUGAAAGAAUUGAAAACAAAUUGCAAUUUGGAACAAGCAUUUGUGAUUUUCUUUUAAGUGAAUCACGAAAUUUAAAAUCAUUCCAUUUUAGUAUAACUAAGAACUUUAAAAACAAAUCAUCAAAAUCGAUAUAUUUAUUAUUACGGUGAAUGUGAGAGCGGAAUAAAAAAUUAUUAUAAGUGCGGGAGGUGAUAUGAUCCAUUUUAGAACAAUUUGGGAUAUUCUUGUAUGAAAAGAAUUGUACUGAACAAAAUGUCCCCACAAUGGCAGCUUGAAUUAACAAACAAAUGGUAGCAUCGAAAGAUAAAUCCCAAAUUGUCGUAAAAUGUUGUUUAUUUAUCACUUGCCACCGGCAUGGUAAAGCAAAGAGAGUAAAUUAUAUGUAAGAAAAUUAUGUAAUUGAUAUGCAAACCAUUUGCAAGAUGUAUGUACUACAGUAGAAGAGAGAAAAUGUAUUUUCUAUCAUUAACACCAUUAACAAUAUAUAUUAAAUACAUUAUAAAGAUUUUUUUCUAUUAUGUUCAAUAAAUAUAUUUCAGAUAAAAAU